GGUAGGGGCAGUCGCGCACAAAGACGCCGAGUCUGCUUACACGAAGAAAAAGCAAAUCGCUACCUGUCACGUGACUGCCAAUAUGGCUGCCGCACUGUCAAGCGAACAUUUCGACAAUUUGCAGCUUCUACUCAAGGCGCCAUCCAAAGAGUUUGUGAAGGACAUGUGCGUGCAGAGUCAUGCAGGUCCAAAUCUCCGUCUGACUCAGAACGCCGCCACUGCGCUUGCUGUCCCUGAAGCUCAGGCUGCUCAAUUAGCGCGCUCGCUGCGCACGCUGUCGGCUCACGUGGUCUUCCACAAUUUGAGCUCGGCCGAGCAGAUUGUCCGCCUUUUCCCGGAGAGCUUCCAUUCCAGCCUGAAGAACUUACUGGCCAAGAUCCUGCUGGACAACAGGGAGGUGUGGAAAACGGAGGCUGUUGGGAGUCAAACCUCACUGCCCCAGCUGAAGGCCGUGGAUUGGCGAGUGGACUUGGUGAGCAGCUCCGACUCACUCAGUCGGAUGUGCGUCCCCACGUGUCUGGUCCACUUCAAGACGGAGGAUAUCGGAGGCGAGGAUUCCGCUUCUGUGGCGGCUGUGGAGCUGAGCAGGGAGAGUCUGGACACCAUGUUGGACGGACUGGCCCGCAUCCGGGACCAACUCUCCGUAGUCGCUGGGAAAUGAUGACGUCAUGCACGUGCAUUUAAAUCGUUCGCAAUUAUUUGAGCCUUCAACAUUGCCAAUUUUUUUUAAUUUUUGCACACAGCUGUUGUAGAAAUAAUUUGGGAUUGUAUAUUAAAUGCAAAAGAUACAUUUAA